AUGUGGCUGUGGCAGCGUGGGCAUAAAGAGCAGUGAGCCGGACGCCUCCUCUCACUGUCACCAUCAUCCUCUUGGAUAUCGGAGAGGGAGAAGCUGGAGUCGUGCUGAGGAAUCUUGUGAACUCUGAGGAAGCUCUCCUCCACUCUUCGCUGAUUAUCCUCUUCUUCUCCCUUUUAUAUUAACCACAAUGGCGACACAUGCGGUGCCUGAGGGCUGCGACGCUCUGGCCACAAUCUGCUCAGGCGCCGACCUUGAAGGCUGCUUGGUUCCUCCAAGUGACUUCAACGCAGUCCUGGGCCUGGUGCUGAGCACGGUGCUCACCAUCAUGCUUGCUAUGAUCAUGUUCUCCAUGGGUUGCACUGUGGAGGCCACGAAGCUGUGGGGCCACAUCAAGAGACCGUGGGGCAUCUUCAUCGGCUUCCUCUGCCAGUUCGGCAUCAUGCCUUUCACAGCCUUCGCCUUGUCGCUGGCCUUCAACGUGCUGCCUGUGCAGGCUAUCGUGAUCGUCAUUAUGGGCUGCUGUCCUGGAGGCACCGGCUCCAACAUCAUCUGCUACUGGCUGGAUGGAGACAUGGACCUGAGUAUCAGUAUGACGGCCUGUUCGUCGAUCAUGGCCUUGGGGAUGAUGCCUCUCUGCCUGCUCAUUUACACCUCCAUCUGGACCUCCAGCGGCAGCAUCCAGAUCCCAUACGACAGCAUUGGUAUCACCCUCGUGUCCCUUCUUGUCCCGAUCGCUCUGGGGAUUUAUGUUAAAAAGAGGUGGCCCCACUUUGCAAAGAAGAUUCUCAGGAUCGGGUCCAUUGCAGGCUUCGCUCUCAUUGUCAUCAUAGCCGUGGUCGGUGGAGUUCUCUACCAGUCCUCCUGGACCAUCGCUCCCUCCCUUUGGAUUAUCGGAACCAUCUACCCCUUCAUUGGUUUCGGCCUGGGCUUCGUCCUGGCUCGCAUUGCAGGUCAACCCUGGUACAGAUGUCGAACCAUCGCCUUGGAGACGGGUUUCCAGAACUCCCAGCUGUGCAGCACCAUCGUCCAGCUGUCCUUCAGCCCCGCCGAGCUGGAGAUCAUGUUCGCGUUCCCUCUCAUCUACAGCAUCUUCCAGCUGGUGGUGGCAGUCAUAUUUGUGGGAAGCUACCAGGUAUAUAAAAAGCAUCUGCGCUGCGGUUCACCUGAAGAAGACAGUGAGGCUGAAGUCGGCGGCGGUGAGAAGAAGGACCGUGCUGUGGAGAACAACGCCUUCGAGUGUGACGAGCAUGGCAACAGUGAAGAGAAGGAUAAGGACAUGAGCAAGAACACCCAGCUGUGAGAUCACACACCUGCAAAUCACAGACUCUGGACUAUCAGUACGAACACGAGGGCCUGACUCAACUGUGAACACACACUGCACUCUGCAGGCCGUCUCCUCUAGUACGGCCAGAAAUGAACAUCAGCUGUGGGGGUGCGGUGACUCAAGACACUGAAUUCUGUUAUGUUGAAUUGUUUUGUCUCAGUAGUUUAACAUUAGGCCUUCCUUUCCUUAAUUUAUUCAUAUAAUUAUUUAAAACAACUUUACUGUUGUGUUCCCUGAUCAACGCAUUUCCACUUAACAUGUCUACACAAUUCAAAGUGAAUUUUUUUCAGCUAUUUAUGUGGAUUAAACUGGUCCGCACACAUUUUUGUUAACACGCACUGAAUGGUGCAAAAAAACUGAAUACAACUGCAGAUGUUUAUAAUUUAUCUGAGAGGACGCCGAGCUGCGUCACAUGAGGAGAAUUAUGUGUGCACAUCUGACAGCCUGCUGUCGAUCCUGACAGACUCACACUGAUGUGAGAAACUAAUAGGUUAUGUAUUUUGUAUCCUCGGUCUCUUUUCUGAUGUAGCAGAUGAAAUCUGUUGUACACACCAGCUUUGGCACGACUUCUGUUGUGUGUUCUCCUCUUUCAGUUCUUCUAUACCUCAUUUAUGUUAGUGGAUGAAAAGAUGUAGGAGUUGUUUUUAAAGAAUAGAGCUUAUCACAUUUUCAGAGUCAUUAAAUGCUCCUUUUUUUUCCAGUUUGUAAUAUUUCAUAAGCUACAUUUUGUCAUAUCUAUCGAGCUGCAGAAGCUGGUAUAGCAUGAUUACAGUAUAUUUAUGAUACAUAUUCCAACUUUAAAGCUGAGACAGACGGCUUUUCAUGUGUCUGAGCGGUUUUACAAUAUCGCAGAGACAACAAUAGCAACAUGGCUACUGUCCAGCGAUAAAAAAAAAACAACUAAAAAUCCUGACAGCCUGCGCUCAGUGCUAUCAAAAAGAGUCAAACACCUGGUUUUAUUAAUAAGUGGGCAAGUUCUGUUGCACACUGAACUCGUAGAAUGAAUGCUGGUUUCACGUCGUGGUGGUAGGAGGAAACGCGUAUUAGGGACAUCUUCACCUUCUUUGCCUCCUCCUUUUGCAGCGCAGUCAUUCCAGUUGUUCCGCCAUUACCUGGGGAUAGUGACCGGGGAAAACAAUGAAACUUAUUGUUUUAGUGGUGCAGUGGCAGCCAUGAUUCCUUUGUUCUUCAGUUUGCCUUUCAGGAAAUAUCCGGCCUGGUCGCAGGCCAAAUGUCAGGAAAACAAGACGUAUACAGAGAAGGUAUCAUUUCCCUGCAGCCAUAACACUGUGCAAGAAUCCAAAAUCAUAACUUAGAGCAUAUAAAAGUUGACUACUGCAAGUUUAAUUUAUUAGUAUGUGUUGUUGAACGCAGAAUUCAAGCAGGUUUUAGAACAGCUGAUAAUCUGUUAAUCUGCUCCGUCUGUUGAAAGCUCAAUUUUCCUGGAUGUGAAGAACAAAAUAUUUUACAAAACCUCUGCGCUGUCCUCUUCACUACUGUUUGACAAUGGUGCCUUCUGUAAUAAUGUAUUUUUCUCUGAACAUUUGUGACUAUUUAGUUGUAAUAAUUCAUUUUUUUGAUAUGAGUACUAGUAUUCACCUCAAUAAACAUAUUAAUAUUUGUA